ACAGUAAAAUCAGAAUUCUGCAUCUCAUAUAAAAAAUAAUCAAUCAUACAUCUAAUACAUAAAGUAUCCUUUUCAACAGCCGAGGUAUGCGCAUACUGUAUGUGUGUGAAUAUGUUUGUGAAUGUUAUUGGAUUUUAUAAGCAGUGGGAGGGGAGUAUUUUGAAUUUUGGUUUGUGAUUGGCCGUUGGGAUUCGCUACGCAGAUUUGGCAACCUCAUCUUUCAUUUGACCAUGCUCGCUUAGUGCUCAUCAUUUUCGCAAAAAUAAACAAACAAACAAAUAAACAAAUAUAACUUUCCAUCAUUAUCAAUACGCUUAUUUUUUUUUUUUUUUUACUAUUUUAAAAACACGGACUGUUGCGAUUUAAAGCUGGUAUUGUGAAAUCGGUGUGCGCAUGCGCGUACUGUGCUCGAGGAAACGAUACCUAACUUGCAUCGCAGAGGAUCUGCGGAAGUCUGUGUACGUGCUCAGUGGUCCCGAGUAUGAGAUUUUAAAAGGUGUUUAGUGUGUUAUUGCAAUGCGACCAGAAUCUCCGUCCUCAGAUCUGCAGUGUGUUCUGUGUGAAAUCACAGAUGAGACGGAAAUCACAGGCCCCCUGUCAUGUAAAGAGGGCAUUGCUGCCCACCAGAACUGUUUGCUAUAUGCAUCUGGAAUCUACUGUAAAAACUCUCCCACCUUUGAUGACCUGUUUGGCUUUGACGUGGAUGAUGUGAAAGAUGAGUACAAACGAGGAAGAAAACUAACAUGUGCCUACUGUAGACACAAAGGAGCUACAGCUGGUUGUGAGGUUAAAUCCUGUAAGCGCUCCUACCAUUACCCAUGUGCCCAGAAAGCUCGUGCAUUACCCGAGGAGGACCAACGCAACGGCACCUUCACGUUAUAUUGUGAAAAGCAUAAUCCACAUGCCAGCAGUGGUGAUUCAGAAAAAGGAAAUGCUAAAGUAUGUCCUUCUAGUUCUGGCCGUAAAAGCUUAGAGACAGGUGAACAGGACAACAGUCGUGGGGGAUCUGAGAGUGACUUGGAAACACCUCCGAGACGGUCCCAGAGUAGGAAAAGGAAAUUUCCGGAAGCAUCUUUUGACUCGGAUGAAACUCAGAGCAUCAUUGAUCCAAUGUUUGCACCAGUAGAAUCAGAGCAUGAGGAUAGCAUACCUCCAGUGCAGAAUACGCAGCCACCACUUGACUCUGAAGAUAGAAGCAGGGACAAUACGGAGCCUAGAAAAGGAAUUAAUUAUGCUCUUAGUGGUGAUGAUGAAGUGUGUAACGAUUCGGAUUUUGAGUCCCAGAGUCUGUUAAAAACAGAAUACCACCACGAAAAUGUGCUAUUCACUGUUAUUGCGGAUUCAGGACCUUCCAUUGAAUCAGUUGCAGACAACAGCUCUGAUCCCUGUUCCCCUGCUGAACCAAGCCCAGCAGACACUCCUUUGAUUAAAUUUGAUCAGUCUGUCUCUGCCCCCGAGCAGACAGCAGCAUCCGGCGGCGCCACUGGUAAAUCCUCCAGUGUCCAAGAAGUUUUGUGUGGAGACCUUCCUAUCAAAGUCGAACACUGUAAAUCUCUGGAGAUACCACCUUUAAUGACAAAUGAGCUAACAGGAUCUCAUGUAAAGUGCCCUCAUGAUCAUCCACUAGACCUUACAGCACCUGGAGGGUGCUGCAUGGCACAUGUUGAGUUCUGUGAACCCGUAGGCCAUGUGGGUGUGUCGGACUCGGGUGCUGCCCUCUUCUGGAGGAGAUGUAAUGAGGUGGGCUGCACGAAGGACAUAUUCACAGAGCUCACACGUCAGCUCACCUGCUUGGCUGAGAGGGUGCAGAAUCAGCAUGCUACACAACAGGACUACGCUGUCUCUCUCAAGAUACUGGAGGCAUCAGGGAAGCUUCCUGCGAUAUUCAGACAAAUGGAGCAAGACUUGGAAAAUCAAGAAAGACAGCUGCAGAGAAAGAGAGAGGCAUUAAGGGACGUCAAGGCAGUGCUUGAUGAGAAUAAACUUAUCUGAUGUCAAAUAAUAAUGAUUUUUAUCAUCACUUUAUUGGUUAAUUUCUAUCUUCAUUGUAGUUUUAUAUUUUUAUAUGUUUUAUAUCAAGCUUGAAUCCCUACUCUGCAUAUAUUCCUGUAUAUGUGAUCAACAUGUUUAAAUAUACAUUACAGCUCUGGGAA